AUGGCCAAAGAUGCAUUGGCAGAGGCGGGCUGUUAUUUUGAUGAACUCAACAAACUACGUGCACUCGACCCAGACGUCAGCCAAAAGACGUCGGAGCUCAGAGAAGACUGCAAAGAUUUUUGGGACAAAAUUGUACAGUUUUUGAAGAUUAUCGGAGGGCUUAUGGACUUGGUGGAUGAGUUGGCAAAUGAGACAGAGCGAGAAAAGUUGAAGGCUCUUGGAACGAGAAACCUGCUGAAGUUUGUGGCAAACCAAAGGGAGGCCCAGCAGCAGCAACUUUUAGCUCUUAUUACAGAAAAGAUGAUGCAACUUAAGCGAUAUCGUGUUGAGUAUGAGACCCUUUUGAAAGUAGAAGCAGAACAAAAUGAAUUUAUUAAUCAAUAUAUUUUGCAGAAGUGA